UGGUGGAUUAAGAGUGAAAUUCCUGACAGUUUGAGUGGAAAGUUAGGGAUAGACUUGGAGUUUGAAGUUGAUGAGAAUAGAAUCAAAAAGAGAGACGGCCAUGAAGUCAUCUACAAAGACUAUUACAUCUUAUUCCACGACUUGUCUCAACUCAUCUUUGAGAUUCAGUAUCAGAGCGAUGAUCCGAGAGAAACUGUGAGCGUCAGUUCCGUGAAGGUCAAAGGCUCACCAAAGAUCCGGAAGGAUAUAUUGCACAGUUACAGCUCUAACUUAGGACAUUCACUUGCCGAGUAUGCUGAUAAGGCUGUUGGGUCAAAGCUUGGCACCAGUAUUGUUGAAGAGGCUUUUCUCCAUUUAAGUGCGAAGAAUCCAAACUUAUUGCGGCCUAUUGGUGAAAAGGCUUUCGGAUCGGCAAUCUACAAAAACUUCAACCACAAUGUUACUAGAAUCGACGAGAUUAGACCAGGUGAUAUUGUUUGCAUGAGAAGUGCGAAGUUCACAAGCCAUAAAGGGUUGGGUGGACUAGGUGUUAAAAAUAUCUCAGCUGGUGAAGGUAAUGAAAUCUACUCCGCUAUUGUUCUACAGUAUGAUCCGAAGAAAGACAAAAUCAAAGUGGCUGAGAGCGGGAAAGGCGGAGUGGUGAAGAAAGAAAGUUACAAAUUUGGCGAGAUGAAAUCAGGCAAGAUUAGAAUAUAUAGGGUUGUGUCUCGGGAUAGUGUCGGAUGG